AUGGCUUUAGGUGCUAACUUUCCUGACCUGCGGAAAGUGUGCCAAACAUAUUACCGGGUCAUAAAUCCUUGGCUGUCUCAUCUCAGGGACGGGAUCCAAAAACCCACAACAAUCCCAAACAACUUGAGCAUUGUUUCAGGACUAACAGGUGACCACGUAAAGUUUGAUGUGGGCAAUGACGCACCAACGCUAACUGGUGCUAAAAUCACCUUUACUAUCGAGAUCAUUUUCCCAACCAACCAGGUGGUGUUACCAGAUGGACAGGUCGUGUGGGCAGAGGACUGUACAAUUAAUGGCACCCAUUACCGUAAGAGACAGCCUGUGUACCCUGAGGACAGUUCUGUCGAUGAGUGGAAUGGCGUUUUCCCUGAUGGUACCACUCUCAGUGAAUUUGGAGACAAGAGACCACCCUACGUGUUCGUGUGGAAAACAUGGGGGCAGUACUGGCAGGUCUGUGAUGGUCCUUCAUCCUCUCUCACCAUUGACACGCAUGGAGUUCCUCUUGGUUCCUACAUGAUGGAUGUUGUUAUCUAUCACUAUCGCAAAAAGGACAAAUUCAUUCCUCUGGGAUAUGCAUCCACACAGUUCUGCAUCACAGAUCAGAUUCCCUUCUCAGUUGAGCUGUCCCAAGUGAAUGACAUUGAUGAAGGUGACGAGAGGUUUGUUCAGAAUCGAGCUGUUGCCUUCACCAUUACUCUUCAUGACCCCAGUCAGUACCUGAAAGAUUCAGAUGUCACCUUUAACUGGGACUUUGGGGACAGCAGUGGCACUGUCAUUUCCAGAGAGCUCACCGUGACUCACACCUACAUCAACACUGGGUCCUUCAAGCCUCAGGUGGUCAUACAAGCAGCUAUUCCUGAUCCUGGCUGUGCAACACCUUCAGAUUUUUCAACCACCAUAAGUCCCACCUCCCAAACCUCAGAUCAAAUCACCAGGGCAGCAGCAGGCCUGAGUGCAGACAGAACACAAACACUGGGAACCCAAAAAGUCAAGGUGGUUGAGAAGCGGCAAGCCCCUGUCAGAGAAGACUGUGUGAUUUAUCGUUAUGGUUCCUUUUCCACUGAUAUUGAAGUUGUGGAGGGCAUUGAGAGUGUGGACAUUGUGCAAGUAACCAAUGGAGAUACCGGUAUGACACUUGAUUUGGAAGAUAACGCAGUGGAUUUCACCAUUUCCUGUCAGGGCAGUUUGCCAACACGGGUUUGCACUGUGGUGUCGGAUGCAGACUGCAUCUCGCCAAUUAAGACCGUCUGCAACUCUGUAACACUCUCACCAGAGUGUCAGCUGGUAAUCCGGCACUUCUUUAACGACUCUGGUGUCUUCUGCAUUAAUGUGUCUCUGACUAACGACGUCAGUCUCGCUCUCACCAGUGCAAGGGUUAGUGUAAACAUAGAUAUUUCCCUCUUUGACUUCUUAUGGUCAGACUCUAGGCUGAACCCCACCGUCAUUGUUGCCAUGGCACUGGGGCUCUUAAUCAUCACAUCAGUGGUGGGGAUAGGUUCCUUGACUUACAAACAUUUGAAGGGGUAUCAUCCGUUGAUCAAAGUACCCUUUGCAGGCGAGAGUGACAGUGUUGCGUGGCGCUCUGCGCCUGCUCUCCGGAGGAACCUGGUGAUCCCUCUUCCGCAAGAGCAGAAGCAUCCACUCUUCCUGCAUGGAGUGGUGUGA